AUGGCUAGUGGUCACAAAGUCAGCGAGGGCAUUCUACUGGGGAUAGGAAACCCACUUCUGGACAUCAGCGUGUACGGGGAUGCUGAUCUUCUGGCAAGAUAUGGGCUGGAGGAAAACAACGCUGUGCUGGCUACACCGGAGCAGCAUGAGCUGUUCCACGAAAUUGUGGAAAAGUACAAUCCUACUUAUGUAGCUGGUGGAGCCACUCAGAACAGCAUACGGGUGGCGCAGUGGCUGCUGCAGACACCUAAAGCUACCACUUUCUUUGGUAGUGUGGGCAAUGACAAGUUCAGGCAUAUCUUGGAGCAGGUUGCACAAAAGGUUGGGGUGAAUGUAAGAUACCAGGUCUGUGAAGGAGAAGACACAGGGAGAUGUGCCGCAAUCAUUAUUGGAGAAAAUCGGUCUCUCAUUACAGAACUAGGAGCAGCAAAAAAGUUGUGUGUUGAUUAUGUAAGGCAGCCAGAAAAUUGGGCUUAUGUGGAAAAGGCCAGGUUUUUUUACGAAGGCGGUUUCUUGCUGUCUGUAAGUCCAGAAGUUGUUUUAACAAUAGCUCGUCACAGUUCUGCUGCCAGAAAAACUUUGGUGAUGAAUCUCCAUGCCACGUUCUUGUGCAAGUACUUUGCUGAUCCAAGUCUGGGGCUUAUGGAGCAUAUUGAUGUCCUCUUUGGCAAUAGUGAUGAAGCUAGGGAAUUUGCUAAAGAAGCAGGCUUUGGCACCCAGGAUGUCAAAGAGAUUGCUCUGAAAACAUCCUUACUCCACAAGGUGAAUGCUGAUCGCCAUCGUAUCAUUGUAAUAACUCAAGGCAAAGAUGCAACCAUUGUGGCAACGGAAGGAAGAGUGGAAGAGAUUCCUGUCAAGCCAGUGGAUCCUUCCAUCAUCGUAGACACAAAUGGCUGUGGAGAUGCUUUUGUUGGAGGCUUUUUGGCACAGUUGGUGCAGGACAAGCCUCUGUCCGAGUGUCUGAGAUGUGGGACCUAUGCUGCUCGAGAAGUUAUUCGGCACUUUGGGUGUCAGUUUCCCCAGUAUCCUGACUUCGUCUAG